UAAAAAUGGCCAAUCAUGACACGGCAGGGUUUGUGUCGUAGCAACGUGAGCGUCCAUAGACCUGCGUGCUGUUCCAAGAGGAAACAUUUCUUUCCAGAACCCCCGAAUUGUCCGCUAAAGAUGAGCAAGAUUGGUGGCCUCCUACGGCGAACUUUUGGGGUAGUGCGUGAACACGUCGGGACAGAUCAUUUGGGAAAUAGAUAUUACCUAAUCCCCGAACAGAAGACGUGGACAGGGAGGCAUGUUCGUGCCAAGCGGAUAGUGGAGGCAGCCAAUCCUGCAGAGCAUGAAUAUAUGGAGGGCAGCAUUCCGAUGGAGUGGGAAGCUUGGAUUCGAGGCAGACGGAAGGAGCCUCCCUCCAUUGAGGAGCUGAUGCUGAAUGAGUCCCAGAGGGAGAAGAUUAAGCUGAAGGCCAUAGAGGUGGAGGAAAAAGAUCUGGCCCUUCAGGCUAAGGAAUACGAGGAGGGACUGGUGGCCACUCCUACAAGGACUGUAGCCAAGGGCCAUGCAUCCACCGCCAUUUUUGGCAAAGAGGAGCUCAGCCAGGAGCCAACCAGCACUGCAAACAAGUUCCAGCCAGGUUCCUGGAUGCCCACCUCAAAGAAAUAGGUGGAGACGUCCACAGAGGCAGAGACUUGCUGUGCAUUGUCACAUACGGUCCAAAAGAAUAUUUAUGAAUAACUUUGUUCAGAGGUGAACAAAGUUAAACUUUUUCUCCAUUCAAAGCAAUUCAGGUUGAAACUAUAACUCUUUUCUUCAGGAAGUGGCUGACCUCAUGCAGGGAGGCGUUGUGUCCAUAACAACUGAAAUAAAUGGGAGUUAGCCAUCUUCAAAAGAUAUGAUGGAUUAAUUGUGUGUAGCAAUCAUUCAAUCAAACUUUAAUUAUAAAACAGUUGGAAUAAAGUCAGGUGGAACACAGAAAGCUUUAUGGAGGUUAAAAAAGAAACUAUUUAUCCAGGACAGGAAUACGAAUAACUCUACUUCAGAUUUUAGUUGAGAAAAGAAUAUUUAAAAAAAAAGGAAUGUAUGAGAUGUUAUACUUUGGUGGUGUGCAUUGUGAAUACUUCAAUGACUGUUAGCUGAAAACCUGACCUCAUCUGUUCUGACACCAGUUCCAUGAGACAUUGACUUCUUUGACAAGCUUAAUAUUCCUCCACAAGCUCUUUAUUUAACCCCUUGAAGUUCUUUUGUUUUAAUAAAUAUUUUUAUCAGACACUUAAAAGACUUUCAAAUAUUGUCUGGCUUUCUUAUGUUUUUUUUCAAUCACAACAACAUAUAUUUUACGUGUACUCUUUAAAAUUUCUGAAUACUUGGGAGAGUCGUGUGUUAACCUAAAGUAUCAACUAUAACAAAAUAAAACCAGAAAAGAAUAUAUAUUUUUAAAGUAAAAAAUGUCAGACCUUUUUUUUAUUUCAAGACUACAAAGGGCUAAAAAGACUGAGAAGUUGUCUAUAUUUAAUAAAACCUUUUAAAGCUA